AUGUACAAGAUAAGAGACACUUCACUUCCUACAGACCUGCAGCUCUAUUCCUGGUUCGGUGGUGAGCUGGAUACGAUUAACCAGCAAAGAAGAAUGAAGACUUUCUACAGACUUGCUUUGGAUAUCGUGAUCAUGAACAGGGUGUGCAGGAUAUUCCGGAAGGGACUGAUGGGGUUCAGGGGAUUUCAGUUCAUUGAUAUGACUGCCCAGGAAUCCCUGACCUUUGGUAUGGAAGAAGAUCACUUUCCUCUCAGGGCAAUCCAGAUAACCAAGAAGAAACCAGAAUGGAGAACUGAGAAGGAAAUAAAGCUGUUACGAAGCUGGUUGCAGUUUGUGGAAAGCUACCAAAAAUAUAGCCUAAAUCUGCAGCUGCUUCUGGCUAAAGUGAUUCGCUUUGAACGGUUUGGACGCAGGAGAGUCAUCAUAAAGAAGGGGCACAGUGGCAACAGUUUCUACUUCGUCUACUUUGGUACUGUUGCCAUUACUGAAGAUGAGGAUGGGAGCAGUGCCUUUACAGACCCAGAUCCAACUUUGCUUCGGAAAGGUGCUGGAUUUGGAGAAGUUGCUCUUUUAAAAGACAGGCGGAGAAUUGCUACAGUUGUCUGUAUGGAGGAAACAGAACUAUUGGUAGUGGAUAAAGAGGACUUUUUUGCUAAUAAACUAGAUGAGGAGCUUCAGAAAGAAUUUCAGUAUCGUUUCAGCUUCUUCAAAGGUCUAGAUCUCUUUGCAACGUGGCCUGAUUACUCAGUAGAGAAAAUUGCUAAUUACUGCAAAGCAGAGAAAUUUCACUAUGGACAAGUGGUAGUCCGGGACAUCACGGAGUCAGCCAGCAUAAUAUUCAUUACUCAGGGGAAAUGUGAAGUUUUACGUCUGGUUGAUCUCACCACUUGCCCAUCCUAUCACAAGUGGAUCAGUCAGCAAAUGGAUUUUCCCAAACCCAGUCCUUAUUACUCUAUGGAGACUGGCAUCACAGGCAGAAAAAGAUUCAAUAAUUUUAUGUGGAAGUCCUUUCCUGUGCAGGAUCUGAGUAAUCUGAAAUCGAUAUAUGUCCCACCUGUUAAUCAUCAGAAGGAUGAAAUUUUUGAAAAGCAAUACCUGGCUUUAAAUAGGAAAUAUAAAAAUGCACACACAAAGCUGGAGAAACAGGACAGAUGUGACAGUAGAAGAUAUGAUGACUUCAGUGAUGAUGAGAAAGAAGUCGUUCAGAAAGAAAUAUCAGGGUUGUUCCGGAAGAAGCUAACUGUUCUCACACCACAUGGAGAAAUACCCACUGCUGUUGCCACAGCAAUUUACACUAGGGUCAAUGAAGUGCAUAAAGGGGAACUCCUGGGGAUAAGCCAGCAUCUUCUACCUGAAGAUAAGCAAGAUGAUCGGAGCAUGGUUUUGGUCAGUCAGGGAGCUGAGGUCAUUCGGCUGAAAAAGGAGAAGUUUGAGGAAUUAGCAGAUCAUACAACAAUAAUGAAAUUACACAAAUUACAGCCGAAGUAUCCCAGUGACGAUGAGCUGUGUCAAAGCUUUCUGGAACAGAACGACUGGAAAAUAUUCAAGAAAGAUCUGAUGAAUCUUUUCCUGGAGAGAAAACUCACAAUGAUGGCAAGUUCUCAGCAUGUGAAGCCCAAGAAAGAUAUUUAUAGUUCCUGGAGUGUGAAUCAAGCAGGUAUUCUAGACCUGACCACUACCCACCAUCAUCUUCCAACAGGCACUCAAGGACUACAGCACAGAUACGUCCCUGUCCACAUAGGACAGAGAGAGGAUUCUGAGGGCCUGCCAAAUAUUGAGCUAAGGUUGAUUCAUGGCAUUGCUGUACCACGGCCUAGUUUGAAAGGAUUAUUCUAG